AUGGAUCCCGCAGAAUUCGGCAUCAGUACACUUCCUCUACAACAUGUCCCCUACGGGCCCAUCCUCCCCGAAGCCCUCCAAGGCUCCAACUCUGGAAAAAUCGCCCUCGUAACAGGUGCAGGGCGGGGCAUUGGCGCCGCCAUUUCGGAAUCCCUAGCAAAAUCUGGUGCUAGUGUCGCCCUCCUGGAUAUCAACGUCAACAAGCUAGACCAAACCAAGAAGACGUGUUUAUCCUUUGGCGUCAAGGUAGAAGCAUUCGGAUGCGAUGUGCGGGAUCAAGAGCGAUUGACAGAAGUUCUGGCGCAGGUGACGAAACAACUGGGGCCAAUUGAUGUACUGGUGAAUAAUGCGGGGAUAUUUGAUCAACGGCCCUUGAUUAUGAGUACGUUUGAGGAUUUCUGGAAGCAGAUUGAGGUUAAUUUCAAGGCUCCUUUGAUGCUCAUCCACGCUCUUCUACCGCAAAUGCGCGACCGUGGACAUGGCUGCAUCAUCAAUAUCGCAUCGCGAUCUGGAACCGUAGAUGUGCCCAUGACACUUGGAUACGUGGCUUCCAAAGCAGCGCUCAUCCGCGCAACGCAUACGCUGCAGAAAGAGAUGGAGCUGGAAAGAUUGGAUCCUGCAAUUCAUAUAUAUGCGCUUCAUCCAGGUGGUGUACGAGGCAACAUGGGUGGAGCUGGUAUUGCAGAAGAUGUGAAGAAGAAGUAUGAUAGGAAUGUCACGGAUGAAGAGUUUUUCAAGCACCUUUUCAAGGAUGACCCGUCGCUUUGCGGACAAACGUGUGCGUGGCUGGCAAGCGGCCAAGGAAAGGAACUCCGGGGACUGUUUUUGGAUUGCCGACAGGACGUUGCGAAGUUACUCAGCAUUGGACGUGAGACGUUGAUGAAAGAGAAACGGAACACAUUGACUGUCAAUUUCAUCGAUGGUUAUUGCAACGAACCAUAG